GACUAUGGUGCGAUGGCUUUCAUUGGAAUCGUGUUUGUAGGUGGGUUUACUACGGUUAUUCCCUGGCCAGACUUGGGAAACCUUCGUGUUGAUUGGGUGAAAGAGAGAUUUGCUCAUUUCCGUGAGAUGGUGAGGGGAAGGAAGGAGACGCCGAAUCUUGUUGACUUGUAGAAACCUGUAUUGUCGUCAUUCAUUCAUUUCCUGUAAGUAAUCUGAGAGAGUAAAGAACUAGCAAGUACGGUAUCCGUUCCGCGUGUCAUGAUCGACAGCCUGAGCGGCCACGAGGCAGCAAACGGCCAAUUACGAUUUUUUCAGUUAUCGACAAUUCGCCGCCUGUUCUGCACGAGUCUGAGUCUCAAGAACAAGUCAAAAGGUAAGCUUUACUCGAAUUCUAUUCCUUCGAGAUUUGCUAGACGCCCUCGCGGCUCUUUGCGAAACUCACUCCGGAGCAGUCGGCCGGAUCGCAUACAGCCCGCUGCUGGCACCGACGACGACGACGCAGCCAGCAGUUUCUUCGUCGUGACUGCCGCCGAUCUUCCCAUCAGUCUUGACAGUCCCCAGCAACUGAUACUUAACUGGAACAGUGACAAGCCCAACGACCUAUCCGCGACACCUUACAGCACGUCGCCGCCUUCGGUCGUGAACAACGUUUCUGUGCUCAAUCGCCUCAGAAACUAUUCACGAGUUUCCAUUCUUCCUUCACAGAAGCGACGAAGGCAGCGCUUCCCCUUUCCUACGAACAAGGGUACAGAUCCCAUUCUCGACGACUUUCCUGACCCUCCUACUCAUAUUCCCACUCCCACCGACGCGACCUCAGUAGUCAAUUUCGUGCCACGCAGUGCCUCUUCCUUUGUUUCCGUCGACACUGCUCAAGAGACGCCCAAGAAACACAGUAUCUUUUCCAAAGAACGCUUCAAAUCGCUCACCAAGCGGGUAAAGUGGAGACGUCGACAGCCCAACCUCUCCCCUUUGCACGAGUUACCGAUCUCUAUCGAGAAGCCAUUACCACCGAUCCCUACUGAGGAGUACAAUCCUGACACGACUGUACCCCCAGUCAUCACCUACUGUCUGGUCGACCCGGUUGAGCUGACAGCAUCACCGUCACCGCGUAUUGGCCUUGACCUCUGUACUCCUUCUGCACGGACAUCCUUCAUCCCCCCUUCGCCUUCUUGGUUGAGCCGAAACCUUCCCACACCAUACGGAGUGCCCAGUCACGAUUCGACUGAUCCAGAAGACUCUGCGGUCCCAGCGUCACCUCCACCCCUCCCCAUACCCCCACGCCUCGCCGAUACCUCUCUUCAGGCAGAUUCCCCCCCUCUCUCCCCGCUCGAAGUCACCAGCUGGCUCACUCACCUUGAAACAUUCAAGUUUUCGAAGAACAACUCCACAGUCGUCUUUGAUUCAAUAUAGAUCACUAUCUCGGCGCUCAUCUGUGAAAUCCGUCUCUGCGCAGUCCUCCUUCUUCACAUACUCAGGCCAGUGAAAAGGAAAACCAGCAGCACUCGUCUCAGGACCAUUCAAGUCUUCUACUUAAGCCUUCCGGAUCAUCACCCUCACUCCCCCACGAAUCUCCGGCAAGCGCGAAACCUGGUUCCUCUCCUACCCU